AUGCCCCACGACGAUCCGUUUCAAAAAUACCUAAACGGGCAGACAUCGAAAACUCGACGACGCUCCAAGCAGCUCCAAGAAGAGUAUUUCAAUAGCAGCAAUUUCAUCGAUGAUGUUGCUCGUGAACUCGGACUCACGUUGCCCCUCGGACAGCCAGAACCCAAUCAGACCUCACCCGCAACUGUGACGUUCACCCCUACUCAGCCUGCCUCUUCGUCACAAGCCAAUCAGCAAAGCAGCCAACAUUUCCUUCCCGGACCGAUUUUUGUCGAGGGAAAAGGUUACGUAUCUAUGUCGAAACCCAGAAUUGGCUCGUCGUUGGCUAGCGAGCCGCAUGUGACAGAAAGGUCCACUGAGAAUCACAUUGGGUCAUGUAAUGCAGGAUAUCAACCUACCAAUCUUAGCCAUGGUCUUAGUUCGGACUACCCCAAGGCCGGUACCUCAAGAGUCAGUCAGAUCAGCAGUACCGAUCAGCAUCAAAGUGAUGCUGACCGGACUGGUCCACGAGGGUCUGAGCAGGGAAAAGAUACUCUCAAGGAUUGGCAGGAACCCAGAUUCGACUUUGGAAAAUAUCUUUAG